AUGCUGGGCUCCGAUGAUUUCUUCUACGUGGGUGGGAGCCCAAGCACUGCGGACCUGCCUGGAUCUCCAGUUAGCAACAAUUUCAUGGGCUGCCUCAGAGAGGUUGUGUACAAGAAUAAUGAUAUCCGCCUGGAGCUGUCUCGCCUCGCCCGCAUCGUGGACCCCAAGAUGAAACUCCAGGGCGACGUGGUCUUUAAGUGCGAAAACGUUCCCACCCUUGACCCCAUCAACUUCGAGACCCCUGACUCAUACCUGGCCUUGCCGAAAUGGAACACCAAGCGCGUGGGCUCCAUCUCCUUCGACUUCCGCACGUCUGAACCCAACGGACUGAUACUCUUCACCCACGGCAAGCCCCAAGACAGACGGGACGCAAAGGGCCAAAAGAACAACAAGGUGGACUUCUUUGCAGUGGAGCUGCUGGACGGAGGACUGUACCUGCUGCUGGACAUGGGCUCCGGCACCAUCAAGGUGAAAGCCACGCAGGCUAAGGUGAAUGACGGCGUGUGGCACCAUGUGGACAUCCAGAGAGAUGGUCGCUCAGGCAUUAUCUCAGUAAACAGCCGCCGGAGUCCUUUCACAGCCAGCGGGGAAAAUGAGAUCUUGGACCUGGAGGGGGACCUUUAUCUGGGUGGCCUGCCUGACAACCGGGUGGGCUUGGUGCUCCCCACUGAGCUCUGGACUGCUAUGCUGAACUAUGGCUACGUGGGCUGCGUCCGGGAUUUGUUCAUCGAUGGACGCAGCAAGGACAUUCGGCAGAUAGCUGUGUCCCAGAACGUGACGGGUAUCAAGUCUUCGUGUAGUAAAGUGACGGGGAAACAGUGCGACAGCAAGCCCUGCAAGAACAACGGGGUGUGUAAGGAAGGAUGGAACCGCUUUGUGUGUGACUGCACUGGCACUGGCUUCUGGGAUAGUACCUGUGAGAGAGAAUCAUCAAUCCUGUCUUACGAUGGCAGCAUGUACAUGAAGGUUGUGAUACCAACCGUCAUGCACACCGAGGCCGAGGACGUCUCCCUUCGUUUCAUGUCCCAGAGGGCGUUCGGCCUGCUCAUGGCCGCCACGUCCCGCGAGUCAGCGGACACACUGAGACUCGAGCUGGACAGCGGGAGGGUCAAACUGACGGUCAACUUAGACUGUGUCAGGAUAAACUGUAACACCAGCAAGGGCCCUGAGGUUCUAUAUGCCGGACAAAAGCUCAACAACAAUGAAUGGCACACAGUGCGAGUGAUCCGCCGCGGUAAAAACUUCAAACUUACAGUGGAUAACGACAUGGCUGAAGGUCAGAUGGCAGGUGACCACACCCGUCUAGAGUUCAACAACGUGGAGACAGGGAUCUUGACUGAGAGGCGCUUUGUUUCCUCUGCUCCGUCCUCCUUCAUUGGGCAUCUUCAGAGCCUCAAGUUCAAUGGCAUGCAGUACAUCGACAUGUGCAAGAACGGGGACAUCGACUUCUGCGAGCUCAACGCCCAUUUUGGCAUGCGGUUCAUCAUUGCUGACCCGGUUACCUUCAAGACCAAGGGCAGCUACCUGGGCUUAGCCACUCUGCAGGCUUAUACCACAAUGCACCUCUUCUUUCAGUUCAAAACCACCUCGCCUGAUGGCUUCAUCAUCUUCAACAGCGGAGACGGGAACGACUUCAUUGCCGUGGAACUGGUCAAAGGGUUUAUCCAUUAUGUGUUCGACCUGGGGAAUGGGCCAAGUCUGUUAAAGGGGAACAGUGACAACCCACUGAACGAUAACCAAUGGCAUAAUGUGGUCAUCACACGAGAUGCUUCCAACAUACACACACUGAAAGUGGAUUCAAAAUCGGUCACCCAGAAUGUCAACGGAGCAAAGAACCUGGACUUAAAAGGCGACCUGUUCAUCGGAGGUCUGGGACCCAACAUGUAUCAGAACCUCCCUAAGCUGGUGGUUUCUCGGGAGGGCUUCCAGGGCUGCUUGGCCUCAGUUGAUCUCAACGGGCGCCUGCCAGACCUCAUCAACGACGCCCUUUUCCGCAGCGGGCAGAUUGAACGUGGCUGUGAAGGCCCGAGUACGACCUGCCAGGAGGACUCGUGCGCUAACAUGGGUGUGUGUAUCCAGCAAUGGGAGAACUUCACUUGUGACUGCUCCAUGACAUCUUAUUCAGGGACUCACUGCAACGACCCUGGCACCACCUACAUCUUCGGUAAAGGGGGGGGUCUGAUCACAUACACAUGGCCCAAUAAUGAGAGGCCGAGCACACGGACGGACCGGCUGGCAGUGGGCUUUAGCACUACCAUCAAAGACGGCAUCCUGGUCCGCAUCGACAGCGCCCCUCGUCUGGGUGACUACAUCAUGCUCCACAUCGAGCAAGGGAAAGUAGGUGUGACUUUCAACAUUGGGACAGUGGACAUCAGUGUUAAGGAGAUGACCACAUCAGUUAACGAUGGCAAAUACCAUUUGGUUCGAUUCACCAGGAACGGAGGCAAUGCCACCUUGCAGGUGGACAACUGGCCAGUCAAUGAGCACUUCCCCACAGGCCGGCAGCUGACAAUCUUCAACACCCAGGCUACUAUCUCCAUCGGUGGAAAUGACCGGAAGCGGCCCUACCAAGGCCAGCUCUCCGGCCUUUACUACAACGGCCUCAAAGUCCUCAACAUGGCCGCCGAAGGCCACGCCAACAUCAAAGUGAACGGCAGCGUGAGGCUGGUGGGCGAUGUGCCAGUCAGCAGAGGUGCUGCACGCACCACCACCUCAGUGCCACCGGAGAUGUCCACCACCUUUAUCGAGACCACGACCACCUUGUCCACCACGACCACUCGCAAGCAGCGCUCACCACCUACCAUUCAGCCAACGACAGAUGACAUUGUUUCAUCGGCGGAGUGCUCCAGCGAUGACGAGGACCUGGAAGAGUGUGAGGUGCCCGCUGCCUUGCCCACGGUGCCCGGUGUGGUAAGGCGAGUACCCCCGGGGGCCUCCGAGGUGAUCCGGGAAUCCAGCAGUACCACGGGCAUGGUGGUGGGCAUUGUCUCAGCCGCAGCCCUCUGCAUCCUCAUCCUCCUCUACGCCAUGUACAAGUACAGGAACAGGGAUGAGGGUUCCUACCAGGUGGACGAGACGCGCAACUACAUCAGCAACUCGGCGCAAACCAAUGGCGCUGUGGUGAAGGAUAAAACACCCAGCAGCACCGCCAAAGCCAGCGCCAGUAGCAAGAGACCGAAAGACAAGGACAAGGAGUAUUAUGUAUAGAAAUCAAAAGUCAUUUCCCAACACAUAAAAAAAUAAACUGU